GUGUGUGUGUGUCUCUCUGGCUGUGUGUCUCUGGCUCUGUGUGUGUGUGUGUCUCUCUCUCUGGCUCUGUGUGUCUCUGGCUCUGUGUGUGUGUCUCUCUCUCUCUGGCUCUGUGUGUGUGUGUCUCUCUCUGGCUCUGUGUGUGUGUGUCUCUGGCUCUGUGUGUGUGUGUGUGUGUCUCUGUGUUUUCCUGGAAGCAGAGCGCCAUCUUCGCUGAGCAUGGAGGGGGGGUUAAACGGGAAAACGCAAGGAGAAAACUCUUCUUCCGGCUAAUAACCCUGUUUCCUCAAAAGGAUUUACUUCAGAUUAUGAUUUCAUUUCUUAAUAUUCUGGAUUUUUUAAAGGGAUUUCAACACCAGCCUGGGAUUUCUCAUUAUUUUUUAAACCUCGUUGUUUUGUUUAUGUGUUAGCAAAGCUAGCCAGCUAGCCUCUUGACUUCCAGUCGGAUAUGGCGUCUUCCAAUCCAGACAUACCUGAUGUGCCUGCUCUGGGGGUGGCAGUGCCGGCCGGAUCUCACGCCAGCGCCGGAGCCAUCGUCCCGAAGGGCAGCAACAAACGAGCCGCCACCUCUGACUUUGAUGAUGAUGAAGGAGGGAAGCUCUUCAGGUGCGAUGAUGAAACGGCCAACGCUAACGAUAAAGAGAGAUUUGCUAGGGAGAACCACAGCGAGAUCGAGCGACGCAGGCGCAACAAGAUGACGGCCUACAUCACGGAGCUGUCGGAGAUGGUGCCCACGUGCAGCGCGUUGGCACGGAAACCGGACAAGCUCACCAUUCUGCGCAUGGCAGUGUCUCAUAUGAAGACUCUGAAGGGCAGUGGCAACACUGGCACAGACGGCACAUACAAGCCGUCCUUCCUCACGGAUCAGGAGUUGAAGCAUCUGAUACUGGAGGCAGCGGACGGUUUCCUCUUCGUGGUGUCGUGCGAGAGCGGGCGUGUGGUUUACGUGUCCGAUUCGGUCACACCGGUGCUGAACCAGGCUCAGUCCGAUUGGCUCGGCUCGUCUCUGUAUGAUCAGCUCCACCCCGAUGAUAAGGACAAACUGAGAGAACAGCUGUCCACCGCUGAGAACAACAACAGUGGCCGCAUGCUGGAUCUGAAGACGGGCACAGUGAAGAAGGAGGGAAGCCAGUCGUCUGUGAGGAUGAGCAUGGGGGCGCGUCGCUCCUUCAUCUGCAGAAUGAGGUGUGGGACGUGUCCUGUCGACCCCGUGAGCAUGAAUAGACUCAGCAUUCUGAAGAGCAGAAACAGGGGCGGAUUGGGUCCUUUGAAAGACGGAGAAACUCUGUACGUGGUGGUGCAUUGCUCGGGAUACAUCCGAUCCUGGCCUCCUGCAGGCGUUUCUCUGUCUGAGGAAGAGUGUGAGAGCGGGCAGGGCAACCGCUACUGUCUCGUCGCUAUUGGAAGGCUGCAGGUGACAUGUUGCCCCAGCGAAAACAGCAUGAACACCGUCAGCAUGCCGGUCGAGUUCAUUUCUCGGCACGACUGUCAAGGGACGUUCACGUUCGUGGAUCAUCGCUGUUUCGCUACAGUGGGCUAUCAGCCUCAGGAACUUCUGGGAAAGAACUUUCUCGAACUGGCUCAUCCUGAGGACCAGGGGCUCCUGAGGGACAGCCUCCAGCAGGUGGUAAAGCUCCAGGGUCAGGUCCUGUCCGUCAUGUUUCGCUUCUGCACCAAAUCAGGCGAGUGGAUCCUCAUGCGGACGAGCUCGUUCACCUUCCAGAAUCCGUACUCGGAGGAGAUAGAAUACAUCAUCUGUACCAACACUAAUGUCAAUAAAGCUCCGAAUCAGGACUCUCUCUCCCCUCUGUCCUCCCCCAGGGGGGCGUUACCCCCUUCUCUGGGGCAGAACAGCCCCAGCUGUCCCCCAGCCUCCAACCCGGGGCAGAUAAAACACGCCAGGCAGCUCCAGCAGCAGCAGCAGGCUGAGAUGGAGGGAGGAGGAGGGAGAGAGGAAAUUUACGAGGCCGGACAGGUGACUCUGCCUCAGGUUCCAGUACAGCCAGUAGGACCAGAUCCGAAUCAUUCUAAGGUUUUGUCCUCCAGUGCACCCCCUACUGGACAGCAGGUUUAUAGUCCUUCUGCCUCAUUCAGUGCAAACACGUGUGCAAACGAGUCCUUCAGGCAAGCUCCUUCAGCAACCCAGAUGUUGUCCCACAUGUCACGUCAGAGCGCCCCCUCUGGUGUCCCUGUGAACAGCAGCAGCCCAGUUCAGACUCAGAGCGCAAACCCUGCACCCCCUGGAGCCUGGGCCCAGCCACGUGCUCCCUUCAACGCACAGACAGGGAAAAGUCAGUCAGCCCAAUUUUCCAUGGGCAAUUUUAGCUCCGCCCCUUCCUCAUCAGCAUCAUCCUCUUUUGGACAAAUGGGUGGAGCUUCAGCGAAUAUAGCAGCCAACACAACUAAUUAUUCGCAGAUCAACGCUCGCAACCAUCAGUCCACGAACGGAUAUGGAGACGUGAGCCAGUCGGCAGUGCAGUUCUCCUCCAGACCAGCAGAGGCAGCAGCGUGGCCACAAUGGCAAAAUCAGCCCCACACGCAAAACGCAGCAGACGCACAUCCUCAUAUCCAGAACAGCCAACCAGAGAUGUAUCCCGAUGUUCUGUCCAUGCUGGAUUCAUCUGCAAACUUCAGCAAUGAAGACUUUACUGAAAUGCCCAUGUUCCCUCCGUUUCCUGAGUGAUCCUCAUCAUCCUCUUUGUAGCCUUUUUCUUUUCUUUCCUUGUCUCUCUUCUUCUUCUCAAGUUGAUCAAGAAACAAAAUGAGGGGGGAUUUGUUGAGAUUUUUCUUUUGUUUUUUUUAAUUAUUGGCUGUAAAAUGGCUCAGAGUUUUCCUCAACGCAGGAAGCGCCUGUGUUCUCGUAACCACGCACAAGUGCACAAAGUACGCACGAUCAGUCCAACACACUGAGUUAGUUUUAUUCCGUCGCGCCCCCAGAAACGUGCGCACGCACACGCGCGCGCGCACACUUGGAGACGUUUGCAGUUUCAGCCCAAACACAAGGAACGUGUUGUUUCAAUUUUAUAUUCAGUAGCAAUAACUGUUUGAUAUUUUACAACAUUAUUACGAUAUAAUAGAUAUAUUUUUUUAAAAAAAAGGGAGGUCCGUUUCCUGCCUUCAUUGCACUGCCGAAAAAUGCUACCUACGUAGGAUGCCUUCUCCUCCGCAGAGCACAGAGGGAGUGACGACAAUUUCACAACUGAAUACUGGGAUAUUGUAGAGCUGAUUAUAGCCGACGUAAAUUGGCACACACUCACUGUGAGCACUUCCCUGGAAACAAUCAUGCAUUUUCGGGUUCUUCGGAAAACAAUUAAAAUGAUGAUGAUUCUCAUUAAUCACUCUGAAAGUGUGUCUUCAUGAAAAAUAAAGGCACACAAUUCUGGACUUUCAUUUCUGUUUGCUUUAUUUUUAAGUUGUUCGAAAAUGACUUGAUAAAUAAAUCAUUCAUCACGCAGUGAAUCUGGUUCGGGUCGAAGAUGUAGAGACAAAUUAGCGACCGCUCGAGUAUUUAUUUAUUUAAUGUGAAGUUCCUGGAUGAGAAAUCUCUGCUUCCUUGUCCUAAUUUGCAUAUGCAAAUUAGCCCAGUGGUGCUCAGUUAUUCAAUUUUCUUGCUUUCCUGAUCUUCGACAAUCACUUUUGUUCAAAUUUGAUUUCUAAACUCCAGUCCAUGUUAGUGUAUAUGUAGGAAUGAAUUCCAUUUUUAUUUAAUUCUGGGGGCGUUUGUCAAUUUCCUCAAAAAAACCAAAACCCAUAAGAAAUAUUGCAUACAGUCUCAAAUAAUGAACUGUUUCAAGGAUACUUUUUAAAAAAAAAAAACUUUUUUACCCGAGAUUUCAGAUGAAAUCUAGGUGUGAAUUGUUUGCUUCUUUUAUAACAGAAUUAUGGACUUCAUUUCAGCUUUUAUUAUUAUUAUUAUUAUUAUUAUUAUUAUUAUUAUUAAAUGCGUCCAUAAGAAUGCAUGUCUGGGGACUUGCCCUGAACAUAAUUAAAAUAUGGACGAUCACAAAUACUGAACUUUGAAUUCUUUUCCUAAAAUACCUACCUACAGUUUAAUAAUUUCCGAUUUUUUUUUUCUUGUCGAACAUUUACAUUUAAUUAUUUUCAUUCUUCUCUCCUUGAACUUAAGAAGAAAUCGACAAACCAAAGAUUCCCAUAUUUUGCAGUUGUUUUAAAAUGGAUUCCUUUUUUUUUUUUUUUUGUAAAGGAUUACAUGUAUGUUUGGGGGAGAUUCGUGUCUCAUUUACGAUCUAAUUUACAUAUGCAGAUUAGCCAGGCGGGGCAUGAAAACAAGGGGGAUUUAUUCUUGUUUAUUGUUGUAUUUUCUUUUUUUGUUUGUUUGUUUGUUUUAAGCCUUGACUGCAGAUGUGAAAAUGCAGUUUAUAUAAUUACACAAAUAUUAAAAAAAUAUAUGUAUAUGAAAAUGUUAAAGAGAAAUUGUUUGGCUUUUUUUUAAUUAAAUUGUUAUAUUGUCAAAAAGAAAUAUGGUUUGCAUGGUGAGCUUUUUCAAAUCUGUACUUUUAUUAUUUGUAAAUCUAAAUGUAUAAAUAUUUUUCAAAUCAG